UUUGAAAAGGUGGAAGUGUCGUUAUUUAUUCCUACCAACGACACACAGGCCACAGGUUUUUCACUGAGGCUAUUGGAAGACGUCUAGCGACAGCGAACAGAUUGAUGCUCCAGACAGCUGUCUUAUCCACAAUGAGGACCAAAGCGUAAACUGCAAUCAGACGUGCUAAAGGAAUAAGGUCCAGCAGGGAUACUACCUUUACUUCCCCUCAUAUUCCUACUCUUCCAAAAGGCUGCUGGAAACAGCCCAGGCAGAAGCAGCAGAGGACACAGGCAUGAUGAGAGUCCCUGUGUUCUGUGUGGUGGUACUGUUAUUCAUCUGUCACAGCCACAGCCUGGAAAUACAAAACCCUGCAUAUGGGUCUAAAAGGUCUCGGGAAAAUGUCUUGUCAGAUCCCAGCGACUGCAUGUCCAGGACUAAGCAGCAGCAGGUCUUCACAAACUCUCACAAUUUCUCUGUAGAUAUCCGGAUGCCUGGUGUUGUCCCAAGUGGGUCGGACACCUACCUGUGUAUGGCAUAUCCUGUGCCGACUAGUCAAGAUGCAUAUAUUGUGGAUUUCAUACCUCAUGCCAGUAUGGAUACAGUCCAUCACAUGCUGCUGUUUGGCUGCCAGACUCCUGUCUCUACCAGCAGCUACUGGGACUGUGGAAGUGUACAAGGCACAUGUGAGGAUGAAGCUUCCAUUAUAUACGCCUGGGCUCGCAAUGCAUCACCAACCAAAUUACCUAGAGAUGUUGGUUUUAAAGUUGGAAGAAACUCAGGAAUGUCCUACUUUGUGCUGCAGAUCCAUUAUGGAGAUGUCAGUGCUUUCAGAGACCAUCAUAGAGAUUGUUCUGGAGUUGCCUUAAGAAUGACAUCCAAACCGCAGCCUUUUAUUGCUGGCAUAUACCUGCUCAUGGCUAUGGACACAGUUAUCCUUCCAGGGAAAAGAGUGACAAAUGCAGACAUCGCCUGUGAUUAUACUUCAUAUCCCAUCUACCCAUUUGCCUUCAGGACUCACACACACCACCUUGGCAAAGUGGUCAGUGGCUACAGGAUCCGAGACGGAAAGUGGAGCCUGAUAGGGAGACAGUCCCCUCAGCUACCACAGGCUUUCUAUCCUGCUAAUAAGGAGGUGAAUGUGAAGUAUGGUGACACCAUUGCAGCCAGAUGUUUGUUUACUGGUGAGGGCAGAACCUCCAAAACUUAUAUUGGUGGUACCUCUGAUGAUGAAAUGUGCAAUUUCUACAUUAUGUACUACAUGGACAGCAAACAUGCCAUCCCAUAUAUGAACUGCAUGGAGACUGGCUCCAAAGAGCUGUUUCAGCAUAUUCCAGCUGAGGCAAAUGCUCCCAUCGCUGUCAGUCCAGGUGAUAUGAACUCUAUGAUGCAUAUGGGAAGCUCAGCAGAUCAUCAAGAGAAAUCGUUGUUGGAUACUAACAAAGCACAGCAGGUUCUGGAUCAGGGUGACUUCUAUUCUCUUAUGUCCAAGCUGCUAGGCCAGAGCAAGGAUGUUGUUCACAUACAUAAGUACAACCCCAGCGAGACAGCCCAGGCUGAGUUGGUGGCUCAGAUGGAUAGCUUAAUGCAAAAGAAAGACUUGGGAUCUCUCAGUGCCAGACUAGACUUCCAAACCAGGGACCAUCCUGUUUUGGCAAGGGAUAGAGUCCACAAAUUCCAUCAGCUUGAGGCCACAGCCAAGCCACCAAGAAGCAAGGUGCUAGCUGAAGGACAAGACUUCCAUUUGGAACAAGUCUCAGCUUGGCCACAGAGUUCUCUGCAGCUGGGUCAAGUCUCAGGACUUGCCCUCGACACAGAUUCUAACUUGGUCAUUUUCCACAGAGGUGAUCACCACUGGGGAGCAGACUCUUUUAAUAGCAAGGCAAGAUACCUGCAGCGGUCCCUAGGUCCUAUUCAGCAGUCCACUAUUUUGGUUGUUGACCCAGACAAAGGCAACAUCCUAAAGGCUUCUGGCAGAAACAUGUUUUACUUGCCUCAUGGAAUAACUACAGACAAGGAGAAUAAUUACUGGGUCACUGACGUGGCUCUUCAUCAGGUGUUAAAAGUCAGCAGUGACGGCUCAGACAGAACCUUGCUGGCUCUGGGAGAGGCUUUCACACCAGGAAGUGACAGUAGCCAUUUCUGCCAGCCUACUGAUGUGGCUGUAGACAUCGAGACUGGGAACAUCUUUGUAUCUGAUGGCUACUGCAAUGCUAGGAUACUAAAAUUCUCUGCAGAUGGCAAAUACCUGUCUGAGUGGGGUGCAGGCUCAUCAGACAGGAGGAGACGCAUACCAUUCCGGAUCCCCCACAGCCUGGUGUUCCUUCCCAACAAACAGGAAGUUUGUGUGGCUGACAGGGAGAAUGGACGUAUCCAAUGCUUCAUAGCCGAAACUGGAGAGUUUGUAAAAGAAGUAAAGAAAGAGGAGUUUGAAGGGGAAGUGUUUGCCAUCACCUACAGCCCUGCUGGAAAUGGCUUGAUCUUUGCAGUAAAUGGGGACUCUCCAUAUUACUCAGCUCCGCUCAGAGGUUUUGUAAUAGAUUAUUUAACCAAGGAUAUUUUGGAUACUUUCAACCCAGAGAAAAAGGAAUUUAAAAUGCCUCAUGACAUAGCUGUAACCAAGGAUGGCAGCGUCUUUGUUGGGGAUGCAGGCAACAAAUCAGUCUUCAAGUUUACCACUGAGAAGUUGCAUCAUUCUGUCAAGAAAGGUGGAAUUGAGGUUCAAGAACUAGAAGAAAUGGAUAUGUUUGUCCAAACUAAGGCAAUGCCAGAACAUAAAAAGACAGCAGCCAUCCAAGAGAAGCAAAGUGUGCCUCAGCAGCCUCAACCACAGGUGGAAGCAGAAGAGAAGAAGAGCAAUAGUGCAGCAAAGCCAAUCAGAGAGCAGGGUGUUCUCCCAGCCAUUAUCACCACCCUGCUGCUUAUUCCUCUGCUGUUAGUCAUCACCGUGGGAGUCUUUAUCUGCUGGAAGAAAAACAAUCGAUGUGAGGUGAAAACUGAACCCAGCUCUGUGGGGGGGAUCUUGGGGAAAAUAAGAGGUAAAGCUGUGGGCAGUCUGAACUUGGGGAACUUCUUUGCAUCCCAUAAGGGGUACAGUCGUCAGGGCUUUGACCAGCUGAGUACUGAAGGCAGUGACCAGGAGAGGAACGACGAGGACAGCAGCGACUCCGAGAACGAGGAGUAUUCUGCUGUGCCGCCUCCUCAAUCCUCCUCUUAGACACUCUGGGACCAGCUGCCAACCUUCUGCUUACAUUGCCAAGAUGUAUGUUAUUCAUCAUGUAUGUAUCUGUUGCAUUAGCUGCCAAUCUUAUUGUUUAUAUAUUUGAACAUGUAUUGUAUAUAAAAAUAAUUUGUCAGGAUUUUGACAAUUUGGUGUCAGAUUCAGCCCUGAAACACAAACAAAUCUGCCAAUGGGUUGUGUUCCUUUAAUUACAUCCGUGCAGCUUCCCUUGGUUCAGGGCUUUGAAACAAGGAACCCAUUGCUGGAUUUUUAUUUUAAUUUAUAAGAAAAUAAACCAAACCAACCAUUCAGUAGAGGAAUGGCAAAUUUAGAUUGGUAGUUAAUUAACUCAGAUGUGGUCAAAUAUUUCACAGUCAAUUGAUGUUUCUGUACAUUUAUAUUCAAAGCAGCUUGAAGGGUUCAGUUUUAAUGGUGGCACUAUGACCAGCACAAGCAAUGCUGCAACAGUUUGAUAUUUUCCUAAUCAUGUCAUUCGCUCUGCCAAACUGUUUGCCUGGUGCAAAGGUGAGAGGACAGGUGCAAACAGGGGGAAGCAAAGAGAGAGACCUUGGUACUGAGUGUCUUGGUGUCAAGCUGAGAAUAGACUUCUCAAAACCACUUCUGAACCAGAAUCUUGAUUGAGAAGUUGAUUAAAUCCAUCCAGCCAUCUGAAGGUAGCAAGACCUGUGUCAUAAAUCUGCCCCCUCUGAUUGUGAUGUACCAAAGCACAGUGCCAAUAAGCAUGGCAAUUCCUAUUCAUCAGCUGUAUUGUUGAUUGUAUUCUCACUGUCAAGGGGAAGACUCCAGGAAUAAUUGUUAUCCUAAGCCACAACAGAAAUAGUGCUUGACUAUUUUUGGGGACUUUUUUCUGUCCUUUUUUUCUAAUGCCCAUAAGUGCAGUGCCCGAUCAAAACAUGCUGUUGGGCACAGAUGAUCUGGUUUACAGAUCAAGUCCUGAACUGCUCACAGAGUGAUCAGGGCUGACCCACUUUCAAACAUAUUUGAUAUUUCCAGUUACCAAACAUAAUGAUUACAGAAGUUCUUUCAGAGCCAGACCAUAACAACCAAAGAGAGAGACACCCCUUGAGGCUAAUGUUAGCUAGCACGCUGCUGUUGACAGAAACUUGAAAUCUCACCUCCACUUCUCACCGAAGAAUAGAAAACCUUUGUUGACCGUGUUUCCUCACUCAUCCAGACUCAUUUUACCCUCUGUUUGUGUUUUUUUUUUACUGCAGUGUGUUCUACAGCAGGUAGUAACCACCACGCUCAUCUCCAUUUUAUUUUAGUCUGCUUACCCAUGAGAUCAUGUGAGAGAUCACGUGUCCAGCUCAAGCCACGCCCCUGCUGCUGCACAGAGCUGUGUUUGCUGUUUAUUCAAAAUGCAUUAAUACUGAGCCUGUUGCAUGUCCAAAUUGAAACAAAUCUCACCCUGCGCUUCCAUAGCAACGAACCUGUCAAGUGUGAAGUGGACUGGAUGAACGUUUUCAGUAUGCGGGAAACAGACAGACAGAUUCCUUGCUAUAUCUUUAUAUUCUUUGCACACCAUCCAUCUCUAGCUACAGAUUUGUGGAGCAGUGUUCACAUCAUCCUGCUCUUGUAUCUUUCAGAUGAUAGUAUAAUUUCCUGGGGGAAGCAUUCGCAAUUUGUUGAACGGUGUGACUGGCUGAGCGUGUAUUAGUAAUUGCUACACCUUCUAUCUUCAUCUUUCCCCAGCUCGUUAAGAUGUCCCUAAUUGAUUCUGAGAUAAGCUUAGGAACUUUUUUGACACUUUGGUUGGUCAGAUGUAGUUGUAUGCAUGGUGGAAUUGAUAUUAUAUUACAUAAGUGUAGUCUGAUAGCAAAGAUGUGCUACUUUCUGUCUGCCUACAUGCAGUUUUCAUGCUGUUAAAUGUGCUUGUGUGAUCUUGAGAGAUACAGAGUCCUUCAGAAGAACUGCCAUUCUGUGCUGGUCACUGUGCUUGAUCCAUUUAAACAGAGCCCUGAAAACAUCUGGUGAACAGCUGUUGCCAGCUGCCUGUUUAUUCUACCGUUCAGUGUAUCCUCUUCAGUCAGAACUGUUUUUGAACAGGGGUUGUAUGGACAUUUCGCUGCCUCAGUAAGACUUCAAUUAAGCAAAUUAGUUACAAAAAUCUUGCAAUUUUAGGGAGAUUUCAAAAAUAAAUAGCUUCACAGCAUUGAUAAAUUAUACAGAAUAUACAGUUUAGCUUAAAUGGGAAGGUGGUUCCUUCCUUGACUUACAUUCAGUGACUAUUCAAUAUUGUAAAGAUACACACAAAGCAUUAUUUCAACAUAAUUAUUUGGUCCAUGUAUCUUCAGUUGUAAUUUUGUGCCUUUUACUUUUAGUGUGUUUUGCCUUCCUUCAGCAGCUGCCAUUACGAAACAUGAUGAAACUGCUGCUGCUAGUAGAGCUUGUACUAUGUUAUUGUACUAUGAUCUCUCUUCCAAGUGAAUCAAAAUUGAUAGUAUCACUUAUAUAUGUAAUAUUUAUGUGCGUAUGCAUGUGUGUGUAUGUGAGCAAUGCCAGUUGGAUAUUGUUCAACAGCCAAGUCUCAAGCACUGUAACUUUAUUCAAUCAAACUCAUUUACUUCAGAUAAUACAAAUAAAGAGCAUGAAUUGAGAAAAGGUUGCUACGUACAUCUUACACGUUGUAACUGAAUGGAACUGCAUUCCUCUACACAUUUUAAGCUGUUUACUUACAAGUCAUAUACACUUUAUAGUUUGCUCUCCAUUCUUAGAUGCAUGCUGUACUCUUUUGGAUUAUUUGAGCAGUGAACCAUAUCGCUGUUUGCUCAUGCUUGUGUGGGGUCACUGUAUAAGCGUACUGCAUCGCCAAAUAUUCUGUUAAGAAAAAUUAGAAUUAACAUUUUUAGUCCAGAUUCCAAACCUUAUGCUUUUUAUACUGUGUCACUCCUAACACUGCUUCUAAUCCAGUACUCAUAUUAUCCAACAUCAUAAAGUUUCUGGUCAUUUGUGUCCUUGUAUCAAAACUAAUUAGGGAACUGGCUCAGUGAAAUUUAGGCAGCAUUAAUGUCAAUUUCUCAAAAUCUAACAUUCCUCAAUUCAUGCUCAGAUUUUCUGUACUUGCACUGAGUACAUUGCUUGAGAUUUUACUUAAAAUUAAAGAUUAUUAAUUGAUCACAUUUGAUUUGAUCAGUUACUAAUUAAGAGUAGAAUGAAUGGAAACUGAGAAUGUGGUAGGGGAAAUGUUCACUUAAACCUUAAGCACUGGUCAUAGUUUGAAAAUCAGAGUAAGACAGUCUGUAAAAUCUGGUGGCAACAAUGAAAGUUAUGUGUAGUCCAAAAUAACAAAAAGCUAACUCACAGAACACACCUCAUAAAGGUACACAGACACUGAAGAAACACAAAGAUGGUGUGAUGGUGAGAGUAUGUUUGUUUGGUUCUGUUGAAUUCUGUAUUCUCAGGUUUCAUUUCAUUUUCCUAAUCUUACAUUACCCAUGUAAUUCUGUCCUCCUAUCUCCGACUUUCAUUGGAAAUUUUUUGUUUCUGUCUGUAUCCUCAGUUUGCCAUCAAGUUUAAAUGAAUGAUAUUCUUAAUGGCAUGCCUUUUGAAAUGUAUUUUUGAUGUUGCCGUCACAUGUGGGAUAUCCGGUAUUUAUUGUGACACACUGGUUUUGCUGCAAGAGUACUAUUUUCAGUAACUAUGUUAUUUGUGUAAUAAAGUGUCUGCAAAGCA